AUGAGUGGCGCAGCAAAUCCCAUGGAAAUUGACGAAUUCAUUAACGGAGCACUUGUGUCAUGGUUGGAGUCAUGUUUACCGCGCCCAGAAAUACUUACAGGCUAUUCUUCCCUGUUAGAUGGAAGUAUAGUACACAGCGUUUGGUUGCAAAUCGAUCCAGAACCACAAAAUCAUCUCAAUGAUCUACAUACACUAACCGGAAUAACACUGUGUAUAGCACGUGCUAAGAAUUUUGAAUGCAUAGUUCGGAAUUUAAAAUCUCUGUUUGAAGAGGAAUUUAAUCAAACUAUACUUGUGCUUCCUGAUUGCUUUACAUUAGGUUAUUAUCCUGAAACGAAGCAUGGCUUAGAGCAAAUGAAAAUAUUAUUAACUUUAUUGCUUGGUGCUGCUGUGCAGUGUCCAAAUAAAGAGCUUUUUAUUGCAAGAAUAAAAGAAUUGGAUGUGGAUAUUCAGCAUGCAAUUGUCGAACUCAUUAAGCAGGUGACUGAUAAUCAUAGCUUGGUGCUGACAGAAGAAUCUAUUGAUCUACUAACACCAACUGUUAUGUAUAAUCAUAUACUUCGUCUAACAAAGGAGCGUGAUAAUAUGUAUAUGAAAUGGAUAUCAUCUAUAUGUACAGAGCCAGAUGUAAAUAUGUCCUCAUGUGUGGAUGGAAAUGCUAGUUUACCGCUGUCACCAUCAAGUAGCUUGAAAUCUUCCUGUACACCAUCUUCUUCCAAUUCAGAAAGCAAUCAUUUGGCUGUUGAAUUAGCUGAUUUGAAAUCUAAACUGCGGAAGUUGAGACAAGAAUUGGAAGAAAAGGCGGAGAGCCAGUUGGAAUUGCGUGAAGAAUUGGAACACAAAAGCGCACAAUACGAAAAACUUAGAUCUGAGAGUCAGGAAUGGUAUGCAGAAGCUAAACGUGCAGCAGCUUAUCGCGAUGAAGUUGAUGUGCUGCGAGAACAUGCUGAGCGUGCAAAUAGGCUUGAGAUCGAAGUGCAAAAAUUUCGUGAAAAAUUAACCGAUGCUGAAUUUUACAAAACUCGUGUUGAAGAAUUAAGAGAAGACAACCGCAUGUUAUUAGAAACAAAAGAAAUGUUAGAAGACCAAUUACAACGGUCACGUAAGCGUUCUGAACAUGUUAUGACGCUCGAAUCUGAAAUAAUUAAAUAUAAACAAAAACUUAAUGACAUGGCAUUGGAGCGUGAUGUCGAUCGUUCAAAGUUGGAAGAACUAUUAGAAGAAAAUACACAACUGCAAUUAGUGGCCAAAAAUUUGAACACAACUCAAGAAAUUGAUAAAUCAUUUUCGGACAAUGAAGACGAAUGUAAUUCAGGCGAUAACAGUUUAUCUGAACAAUUGACAAAUAAUGCACAGGUUUAA